AUGGUCACACACGAAGAAGAAGCAGACACUACCCUCCGAGCUCUCCCAACUACCGCCCAACGUUCAGCCGCCCUCAAAAUACAUCGCCUCACUGGGCAAUUUCCCUGGGAAAUUGUGGAUUUUUGUACUGAGACUAAAUGGGACGUCAAACUCCUCGAGAAGUUCAUUCUUCUCAUCCUUAACUGCUUUGCCGGAAAGUUGAGCAGAGCCGACGUCAAACGACUACGAUCUGCCAUUUACCAGCAGAUAGAGCCAAAGCCCUUUGCAAAACGCAUGUGUCUUUCGCAAACCGACAUACAGGGAGCCCAGCGCGAACUGAAAAGGUCAGCGUUGCAGCAAUCACAUCCUGAGAAAGACGAGACAGCCUCAAAGGACCCUGCCAACCAAAGGAAGCGCUCGUUAUCUUCCAGCAUAUCUUCUGCUGCAAAGCGGGUUCGUAUUCAAGAACAAGAUGACCCACCCGCAUUUUCUACGCGUUCUUAUAAAAGAUCGAACGGAGAUCCUAUAAGUACAAAGCCAGCCGAGUCCAAAAGUCCAGCAAAAUUUCAAAGGUCACCUAUCGGCAAUAAUAGAGUGGAUACAACGGAUGACGAAGAGGACGAAGAGGGGGAGGGGGACGACGACGACGACGACGACGAAGAAGAAGAAAAGGAAAAUGACAAGGAAACGCAGCAAGAUGGGGAUGUCAUAGAAACAGAUCAAAAUGACAAUGACAAGGCCAAGCAAAAUCUUGAGGUGAUAGAAGUCCAUGACAGCUCAGAAGAGACUCUUGAUCUUGACCAAGAUCAAGACCAUGUCCAAGACUCGUCACCUGAACAUCGCGACGUGGAAGAACCCGCCGUCGGCUCAGAAGACAUUCCGAUAGGACAUGGGGAAGUGGAACAACCAAUUAUCGAACCAAACCCCCCAUCUCAAGCUACGGCUUGUUCGACCCCAGUACCAAAACCCUCAUCUCAAGCUACGACUUAUUCGACCCUGGCACCAAGGCCCUCUGACGGAAAGGUCCUUGUGGCACAGCUCUCCAUGAGCGACAAGGACAUUGCCGACAUAUUCAGAAGGAACAUCUCCUUUAUCGCCACCAGACUGCAGUCCGCCAACGAUAAAAGAUUAAAAGAUGUGGAAACCGAGUACGAGCUUUGCGUACGAAAACGUCAGAAGGCUUUCGAUGCGACGGUAGUGCUGAUCCGCCAAUUGGGCCAACUUUCUAGUGAACGCGCCAAGAUUGAACAAGAUCUUAAAAAGGUGGAUUUCACGGUGGAAAAGACUACUGCCUCUCUGGUAGCGUACCAAGAGCUCCAAGCCGCAGGGGGCGGCAUGAGGCAAAUAUCCGACAUGCUCGACGCCGCUCUAAGAGAGGCUAUAAGCGAAAGGGUAAGAGCUGUGGAGACUUGUUCGACCCAUGAUUUAAGAAUCAAUAAUACGAUCAAGGAACGCGACGAGGCCAAGGCAUCAGUCACUAGAUUAGACGCCGACCUCAAAGAGAUUUCGCAGCGCAGGAUGAAGCUCCAGCGCUCUGGUGAACACACCUUUCAAUGCAACAUUCGAAUGAGCAUCGACGCUAGGGACGAAGAUGGCCAUUUGUUUGAGGACUUGACCUUUCCUUUGGAAGCCAUUGCCCGUGAGCAGGAGAGUCCUUUGCAUUGA